AUGGCGACGGCUCCCUCUCAGCUUCAGAAUCGACUCGCUCUGGUGUCUUCGCUCUAUGGACCUGGGACGAUCACCUGUUGGUACCUCACGGCUUUAUCUGUCCUAGUAUCAUGGACACUGCAUCCAAGGAAGCGAAAGUCGGGGUCUAUUGAUGUGGAUCUUAUUGCGGUUUUAACCCUUCCCGCGGUCGCUGCAGGUCAUCUGGUCGCACAGGCCCGAAAGUUUUCGAACCAAGACAACCAUGCGCAGACAACCAGCAGUGCCGAUUGGAAGUAUCUACAGUCUAUUGCAGCAAUCGAAGCACCGUUCAAUGUCACCGAGACCUUCAUGGCGAUCAGCGUCAUCCUGUUCAUAGUCGCUGCGUGGAUGUUUUGUAUUCGGAGAGCGAUCUUCGUUGCCUUGGUUGGACUUCUGUGCUUUGCUGUCGAGUGCUAUAUCCACUUCUCCAGAUUCAUGGACCUUGGCGUUCGAUACGAGCCAAGGGUGUCAGCAGGCGACUACCCUGCCUUCAGUCGAUUAUUCGUUGCAGACUUCGCCGGUCUGGUAGUAGCUAUCUUAGUGACACUGUCUAUUUGUGGCCUGAUCAGUGCUGCAAUCGCCUUUUCCAUGCUGGUCCCACCCAGGACACCAUCCUCACGUUCACGACAAGAUAUUGAAAGAGUCAACGAAGCAGCUCUGAGGGAAGGAAUAUCUUUCCGAUUCGGGAGUUCUGCGGCUGAAGGCACGCCCAGCACUCAAACGACACAUGGCACACCAUUGGCUGAGAAGUCCGAAGACCUUCACUUGCGUGCAAUCACGAUGGUGACCACAUUGUUCCUCCCCCUGACAUUCAUUCUAUCCUUGCUGCCUUCAUAUUGGCACAGCACUAUGUACUACGACGUCGUUCUGGCAGACGCUCGACCGUGUCGCAAAAGCAUACUACAAGAUGUGGAAUGUUAG